AUGAGAGGGGGCGUGGUGGUUCACAGUGGGGCGGGGCUGAGCACAGCAGCGGGCAUUCCGGAUUUCCGAGGGCCUAAGGGCGUGUGGACGCUGCAGGGGGAGGGAAGGUGGGAGGAAGCUGCGGUGGCCAUGGGGAGAAAGUACGAGGAAGGAAGCUUUGCCCACGCUGGGGCAAAUGGCGGUGGCAGUGAUGGUGGGAGCUGGGGGGCAGCGAUGGUGCGGGCUGGGAGAGUUCAGCACGUGGUGACACAUAACGGUGGGUUGGGGUUUGGAAGUUACUCUGGCAAUGUUGUAACACAAGCUGGGGUGGCAGCCGUGAUGGUGGUGAUCGUGCGGGCUGGGAUAGUGGAGCACCUGGUGACUCGGAACGGUGGUUGCAGCAGAAGGGUGGGAACGUGGUCCCUCUCACUUCCCUCUUACUCCUCUUACUUCCCUUUCACUUCCCUCUCACUUGCCUUUCACUUCCGUCUCUCUUUCCUCUCACUUUACUCACUUCCCUUUCACUUCCCUCUCACUUCCCGUUCACUUCCCUCUACCUUCCCUCUCACUAUCCUCUCACUUCCCUCUCACUAUCCUCUCACUUCCCUCUCACUAUCCUCUCACUUCCCUCUCACUUUCCUCUCACUUCCCUUUUACUUCCCUCUCACUUCCCUCUCACUUCCCUCUCACUUCCCUCUCACUAUCCUCUCACUUCCCUCUCACUUCCCUCUCACUUCCCUCUCACUAUCCUCUCACUUCCCUCUCACUUCCCUCUCACUUCCCUCUCACUUCCCUCUCACUUCCCUCUCACUUCCCUCUCACUUCCCUCUCACUUCCCUCUCACUUCCCUCUCACUUCCCUCUCACUUCCCUCUCACUUCCCUCUCACUUCCCUCUCACUUCCCUCUCACUUCCCUCUCACUUCCCUCUCACUAUCCUCCAAUGUGGGGGCGAGUUGGUAGUGCACUUUGGGGAGAGGAUAGACGAUGAGGAGCUGAGGAAGGCGAGAGAAGCAUGCACGGGCGCACACGUGGCGCUCUGCCUUGGCUCCUCCUUUAAGGUGCCACCAGCCAUCAAGCUCCCCCGCCUAGCAGCCGAUCUGGUGAUCAUCAACAUGCAGCGCACCCCUCUCGAUCGCCACACGUGUUAA